CCUUCGCCUUCUUCUUCUUCUCUCUCGAGAUUUCUCUCUCUCUCUCUUACUUGCUCUGCCCGUGCUCUCUCAGAAACCCAAAAAAGAGAGCUUGAACAUGAGCUGCGGUGGAGUGGGGACCAAGCACCACCGCCGGUUAUGAAUCCCACGACGGAGCCUCCUCCACUGCCACUGCCACUGCCACUGCCACUGCCACUGCCACAGCUCCAGCCGCCGCAGCCCCCACUGCCCCACCGCCCCUCCACCUCCUGCGACCGCCACCCCGACGAGCACUUCACCGGCUUCUGCCCCUCAUGCCUCUGCGAGCGCCUCGCCGUCUUGGAACCCUCCUCCUCCUCCGCCUCCGCCUCCGCCUCCUCCUCCCGCAAGCCCCCUCCCUCCUCCUCCUCCGCCGCCGCCUCUGCCCUUAAGGCCAUCUUCAAGCCCUCCUCCUCCUCCUCCUCCAAGCCCCCGGCUCCGUCGUCCGCCUCGGCCUUCCUGCCGGAGCUCCGGCGCACGAAGUCGUUCUCGGCUUCGAAGAACGAGGGUUUCUUCUCCGGCAUUUUCGAGCCGCAGCGCAAGUCCUGCGACGUCAGGGUUCGGAACACGCUCUGGUCGCUGUUCGGCCUCGACGACGAGCGGAACCCGUCGAAGCGGGACUCGACUCGGAGCAGUAAUUCGGAGGCUGCCCAGGCCAAGAACUUGGGCUCGUCGGCUGUCCGGGGUCCGGUUCUCGAGUCCAAAAAAGAGGACGAAGAAGCAGGAAGCGAUUAUUUGCAGAGCAAGGAAUACAUCGUUCACCACGACCAAGAGGGAGACGAAGCGAGCGAGAUUAGGGCUUGGGAAGAGUCCAAUGUAGCACCUGCUCCUGUUGAAAACAGAGUGCAGGAGAUUGUUGAAGAAGAAGAAGAAGAAGUGGAAGAGGAGGAGGAGGAGGAAGUUGAAAUUGAAGAAAUAGCAGAGCCUGAGCUCCAAGUUGUGCCAGAAGAAGAGGUAAAGACCAUGAAAGAUCACAUAGAUCUCGAUUCUCAAGCUAAGAAAUCUUCCGGGAGAGACUUCAAGGAGAUCGCGGGUAGCUUCUGGUCUGCUGCUUCGGUCUUCAGCAAGAAAUGGCAGAAAUGGAGGCGGAAGCAGAAGAUGAAGAAGCGAGACAACGGUAGUGGCUCCGCCACAUUGCCCGUCGAGAAGCCCAUCGGCCGCCAAUUCCGAGAAACCCAGUCUGAGAUCGCCGAUUAUGGGUUCGGCCGGAGAUCCUGCGACACCGACCCCAGGUUCUCGCUCGACGCAGCCCGCAUUUCCUUUGACGCAGCACGGAUGUCCUUCGACGACCCGAGAUAUUCAUUCGACGAGCCGAGGGCCUCGUGGGAUGGGUACUUGAUUGGGAGGUCCUUCCCGCGGAUGCCCACGAUGGUAUCCGUCGUGGAGGAUUCUCCUGUGCACGUCUCCAGGACCGACACCCAGAUUCCAGUGGAGGAGCCAGUGAAUUGUAUCAAUGAGGGAGAGUCUCUCCCUGGCGGAUCGGCACAGACCCGCGAUUACUACUUGGACUCGUCUUCUCGGAGGAGAAAGAGCCUUGACCGGUCGAAUUCCAUCAGGAAGACGGCGGCUGCGGUGGUGGCGGAGAUCGAUGAGUUGAAGUCCGGUAAGAAUGCGAAAGUCUCCCCUGCAACUGCUGAUUUAUUCCAAGGGAGCAAACCAAUUGUUGGGGAUCGAGAGUCGAGGGAUUCAAUCUCCAAUUCGAACUCCCUGAGAGACGACUCGGACAUGUUUGACCUUGCAUUUAGGGACAAUGCGUCCAUUGUGAACAAUGGCGACCAAAAGGGGUCGAAGAAAUCGAGGAGAUGGGGCAAGGGUUGGAGCAUUUGGGGGUUUAUACACAGGAGAGGGGGGAACAAGGAUGAGAACGACGAUAGGUACAGCAGAUCGAACGGGGUCGAGAGGUCGUUCUCUGAGUCGUGGCCGGAGCUGCGAGGCGAGCAUAACGGGGACUUCCGGGGCAGUUUCAAUCGUAAGGUGUUUAGGAGCAACAGCAGCGUGAGCUGCAGGAACUCGUCCUACAACCAUCUUGUUGGCGGGUCUUUCGGGAGCAUCCGAAAGAACUUGUUCGAGACGAACGGGCACAACGGCAAGAAGAAGCGGGACGAGUUUGUCCUGGAGCGGAACCGCAGCGCUAGGUACUCGCCAAACAACCUCGACAACGGGCUGCUGAGGUUUUACUUGACUCCGCUGCGGGGGAGCCGGAGGAGCGGCGGCGGGUCGGGGAAGGGCAGGGCUAAUCAGGCCCAUUCCAUUGCAAGAAGCGUUCUGAGAUUGUACUGAAUUGAGCUGGGGGAAGAAAAGAAAGAUGGUCUUCUCCAUAAGGCAGUUCCCCUUUUUUGGUUAGUGGUGUUAAAAUUUUUGCUUCAUUUGUUGUGUAAACCUCACCCUCCAACACAUGCCUGAGCUCUGUGUCUUGUUCUUGGUGGUUGGUUAAGGUAAAAGGAAGAAGAAACAAGAGAAAGCACCUAAAGAUUGUUGCUUUGUUGCUAUUCCUGUGAUCAGCGUGCUUCCUUCAGUUGAAAUAAUCAAAAUUCUUAA